GUUGGAGCAGACUCAGCGGCGGCCGCCAUUUUGUGCAGUCGCUGGGAAGGAAGGAGACGCCUAAACCGCGGCACUGCCGGGUUUGAGCGUAGCCAAACCUGCCCACCGGCUUUAUAGCCCCGAUUCUCUGUGUUUUGCUCCCGUCUCCGACGAGAGAGGCGGCGACGGUGGCGUCUGCGACGGGAGACAGCGCGUCGGAGCGAGAGAGCGCUGCGCCUGCCGCCGCCCCAACAGCGGAGGCGCCGCCGCCAUCGGUCGUCACCAGACCGGAGCCGCAGGCCCUCCCGAGCCCGGCCAUCCGUGCCCCGCUCCCAGAUCUCUAUCCGUUUGGGACCAUGCGCGGAGGCGGCUUUGGGGACCGGGACCGGGAUCGUGACCGUGGAGGAUUUGGAGCAAGAGGUGGUGGUGGCCUUCCCCCGAAGAAAUUUGGUAAUCCUGGGGAGCGUUUGCGUAAAAAAAAGUGGGAUUUGAGCGAGCUCCCCAAGUUUGAGAAAAAUUUUUAUGUGGAACAUCCGGAAGUAGCAAGGCUGACUCCAUAUGAGGUUGAUGAAUUACGCAGAAAGAAAGAGAUUACAGUGAGAGGGGGAGAUGUUUGCCCUAAACCUGUGUUUGCCUUCCAUCAUGCUAACUUCCCACAAUAUGUAAUGGAUGUGUUGAUGGAUCAGCACUUUACAGAACCAACUCCAAUUCAGUGCCAGGGAUUUCCAUUGGCUCUUAGUGGCCGGGAUAUGGUGGGCAUUGCUCAAACUGGCUCUGGAAAGACGUUAGCGUAUCUUCUGCCUGCAAUUGUUCAUAUUAACCACCAGCCAUACUUGGAAAGGGGAGAUGGCCCAAUCUGUCUAGUUCUGGCUCCUACCAGAGAGCUUGCCCAGCAAGUACAGCAGGUGGCCGAUGACUAUGGCAAAUGUUCUAGAUUGAAGAGUACUUGUAUUUAUGGAGGUGCUCCUAAAGGUCCCCAGAUUCGAGACUUGGAAAGAGGUGUUGAGAUCUGCAUAGCUACUCCUGGACGUCUGAUCGAUUUCCUGGAGUCAGGAAAGACAAAUCUUCGCCGAUGUACUUACCUUGUAUUGGAUGAAGCUGACAGAAUGCUUGAUAUGGGGUUUGAACCCCAGAUCCGUAAAAUUGUUGACCAAAUCAGGCCUGAUAGGCAGACAUUAAUGUGGAGUGCAACCUGGCCAAAAGAAGUAAGACAGCUUGCAGAGGAUUUCCUUCGUGAUUACACCCAGAUCAACGUAGGCAAUCUGGAGUUGAGUGCCAACCACAAUAUCCUCCAGAUAGUGGAUGUCUGCAUGGAAAGUGAAAAAGACCACAAACUGAUUCAACUGAUGGAAGAAAUAAUGGCUGAAAAGGAAAACAAGACAAUAAUAUUUGUGGAGACAAAAAGACGCUGUGAUGAUCUGACUCGAAGGAUGCGCAGAGAUGGUUGGCCAGCUAUGUGUAUCCAUGGAGAUAAGAGUCAACCAGAAAGAGAUUGGGUACUUAAUGAGUUCCGUUCUGGAAAGGCACCCAUCCUUAUUGCUACAGAUGUAGCCUCCCGUGGGCUAGAUGUGGAAGAUGUCAAGUUUGUGAUCAACUAUGACUAUCCAAACAGCUCAGAGGAUUAUGUGCACCGUAUUGGCCGAACGGCCCGUAGCACCAACAAGGGCACCGCCUAUACCUUCUUCACCCCAGGGAACCUGAAACAGGCCAGAGAGCUGAUCAAAGUGUUGGAAGAGGCUAAUCAGGCUAUCAAUCCAAAACUGAUGCAGCUAGUAGACCACAGAGGCGGCGGCGGAGGCGGGGGUAAGGGUGGUCGUUCUCGAUACCGGACCACUUCCUCAGCCAACAAUCCCAAUCUGAUGUAUCAGGAUGAGUGUGACCGAAGGCUACGAGGAGUCAAGGAUGGUGGCCGGAGAGACUCUGCCAGCUAUCGGGAUCGUAGUGAAACUGAUAGAGCUGGUUAUGCUAAUGGCAGUGGCUAUGGAAGUCCAAAUUCUGCCUUUGGAGCACAAGCAGGCCAAUACACCUAUGGUCAAGGCACCUAUGGGGCAGCUGCUUAUGGCACCAGUAGCUAUACAGCUCAAGAAUAUGGUGCUGGCACUUACGGAGCUAGUAGCACCACCUCAACUGGGAGAAGUUCGCAGAGCUCUAGCCAGCAGUUUAGUGGGAUAGGCCGGUCUGGGCAGCAGCCACAGCCACUGAUGUCACAACAGUUUGCACAGCCUCCAGGAGCUACCAAUAUGAUAGGUUACAUGGGGCAGACUGCCUACCAAUACCCUCCUCCUCCCCCCCCUCCUCCUCCUUCACGUAAAUGAAACCACUCAAGUGGUAGUGACUCCUGCAGACUUAAUUACAUUUUAAGGAACACUUUCUUUUUUUUUUUUUUUUUU